AGUGUCAUUUAUCUAAUGGUUUAUCUCUGGUUAGCAGUGCGGGAGGGUGAGAGCGGGGAACCAGAGGUGCGGCGAACAGUCCGGUAUCCCGACAGCCACCAACUCUUUGUUGGAAAUGUACCUCACGACGUGGAUAAGAACGAGCUCAAGGAGUUCUUUGAACAGUACGGUACUGUCCUUGAGCUGAGAAUCAACAGCGGUGGAAAGCUGCCUAACUUUGGAUUCGUGGUGUUUGAUGACGCUGAGCCUGUGCAGAAGAUCCUCAGCAAUCGGCCCAUUAAACUGCGAGGAGACGUUCGGCUUAACGUAGAGGAGAAGAAGACCCGCUCGGCCCGUGAAGGUGACAGGCGGGACAUCCGCCCCAGAGGCCCGGGGGGACCACGUGACAGGGUAGGCGGGUCAAGGGGACCGCCCACCCGCGGAGGCAUGGCUCAGAAACCCAGUUUUGGAGCCGGUCGAGGCACAGGACCCAGUGAGGGUCGCUACGCAGGACCACGUCAGUGAGGCAGCUCCUACGUCAUUCACUGCUGAUGCAAGUCACCUUGGAUAACACCGAUGGCUUCCCUGUUCCCUGUCUCCAUCCCUCACUCCAGGACCCAGGAGUGCGAUUGUUCUUCUUUAUCUGGACUCUUCCUUUUAUUUCUGAGAUUGAACUUGAAUUUGUUGUAGAAAAACAAAACUACUUGAAUUGGGGAAAGGAGAAACCUAGCAUUUGGUUUUAGCGUUCUCUCCCUGUUUCUUAAAGGAACGUGUUUUUACUGCUUGGGCAAUCCUGUGUAUUGCUAGCGCCCGCUUUCAGGUCAAGUGCAAGUAUGGUUUUAUUUGGAUUUGUUGCCAAGUCAAAUCAUGGUUGUGUGUGAGUGACUAUCUAGCAUGUAAAAAAUCCUGUUUGCCUUCUACUGUUGCACUUCAUCAAGAAUGACAACAUAUUUUAACAACUCCACUGUUGAGAGAACAAAAUAAACUCUAUGUACUA